AUGCAGACCACAAAUAUGGACAAUCAAUUGCCUAAAAAAUUUAAAAUGACAGAUAAGUUGCGCAAACCAUUCAAAAAGAGACAUUCGGUUGUCUACCAUCAGGGGACCAAUCGGGUCAACAAAUACUUGGCUCAGGCUAUUGAUGCCCGCAGUGUUGACAGAGAAAAGUCAACUCAUGUUAAUGUCAUUACUCUAUGCUUUAAAGACAAGUACAAAGAGCGUCAAUACCACGAGGAGAAGGACAGGGGCUUUGGUAUGGCUCUGGCCUGUGCUAUGGCUGUCCUCAUACUAUUAGGUGCCCUUCAGAUUGCAAUACUCCCGAGAACCUUAAUUCUGGUCAUAUUAUUCUUAGUGGCCUUCGUCUGGAUAUCUGUUCUUUUAAUACUUGUUUUAGGCGCUCGUCUUCAGUUCACAUGUCUUGAAGACACUUCUUGUGGAACCACUUCAGGCUCUGACGAGAAGACAGUUAUCGAUGACCACCGUCUCUGCCCUUUCCCUCACUAUAUAAUAAUGAGUUGUAUUCUGUCGUUCUUCCCUUUGGUUAUAUUCUUAAGGCUCCCGAUGAUGCUUAAGGCGGCGCUUCUUAUACCUAUGGCCGCAGUCUUCCUCAUUGUUAUUGAAUUCACUCACAAUCGGCUCUUUCAGUGCACUUAUGAGUUUGGAGUCCCACUCAACAUAACAGGACCGGUAAUUAUAGUGCACUUUGUAUUGGCUGUUCUCAUCCACGGCCGACAAGUCGAGUGGACGGCCAGAUUGGACUUCCUGUGGAACUCUCAGGCUUACGAAGAAAAGGCAGAUAUGCAUGAAUUGCAGAGCAGUAAUCGGCGCAUACUUUUCAAUCUAUUGCCAUCACAUGUGGCCACACACUUCCUCGACAAUCAAUUCAGGAAUAAUAUGGAUCUCUAUCAUCAAUCAUACACUAAAGUCGGUGUUUGUUUCGCUUCGAUACCGAAUUUCAUGGAGUUUUAUAUGGAAUUAGACGGCAAUAAUCAGGGCGUUGAGUGUCUUCGCUUACUCAAUGAAAUAAUCGCUGAUUUUGAUGAACUGUUGGAUCACCAAAAGUAUAAAGCGAUCGAUAAAAUAAAAACUGUCGGCAGUUGUUAUAUGGCAGCCAUUGGACUGAUGCCAGAGUUUCGAAUACCAGAGACCGACAACGCGUUCGCUGCCGAAUGUAUGGCAUGUUUAGUGGACUUAGUCUUUGAAAUGAGGGAUCGAUUGUCAGAAAUCAACGAAAACUCUUACAAUAACUUUAUGCUUCGCGUGGGACUCAACAUUGGGCCCGUCGUCGCAGGAGUUAUUGGCGCCCGUAAGCCUCAGUAUGAUAUUUGGGGCGAUACUGUGAACCUGGCCUCAAGAAUGGACAGCACAGGUCUUCCUAAUCACACCCAAUGCACAGAAGAUGUCUAUCAAUUACUUAAAGACUAUCCCUACGAUUUCCAGUGUCGCGGAAGAGUUAAAGUGAAAGGAAAGGGCGAAAUGACCACAUAUUUCCUCAUCGACCGUAAGAACCAAAGAAUGCCUAAUAAUUACGAGUUCAUCGGUUCCGCAAAUAACGGCUCGAAUCGGGCGGUCGUCGGAGGCGUCGUCAACCCUUUUAGUCAAUUAACAAACGAUAAGAAUAACUCAAAAAACAAUUCAAACUCUAAAACUAAGAAAAGUGUUGUGAAUGACGGAAGUCAUAGUCAUAACAGUAGAAAUAUUUUUGCAAAUUCUCCAUCACUUCAACCGCUGAUUAGAAAUGCAAUGCGAAGCGCAACCGGUGCCAAACGGUCGGACACCAAUCGGUCGGACACCAAUCCCAGCUAUAAUCCGCCGAAACCUAUCAUAACAGACAUGGAACGACCGAAAAUGAAUAGAUCGCCGCUCAAUACAAUCUCUUCUAUAGCUGAAGAGCCUUCAGCUCCCGAACUCACUCCCAAUCAUAACAAUAAAGGCGACGCCUGGGAGACACUUAAAGAGCUGAGUUCCUCAGUUCCGCCGCCGCCUCCAGAAUCCGAUCAUUUUGUUUGCAAUCAAGACAUUCAACGGCCGCUUACUAUUGUAUCGCCGACUGGAGUACAAGAAACCAAUUUGGAUGACAUAACGCCUCCACUUCCGCCCAGAGAUCACUCCAAUAAGAGGCAGAUCAUUUUGUUUGCAAUCAAGACAUUCAACGGCCGCUUACUAUUGUAUCGCCGACUGGAGUACAAGAAACCAAUUUGGAUGACAUAA